GGUAUUUUUAAGAAAAUGAAACUUUAAAAAAAUAAAGAGGUAGGCAUACAAAUAAGCGCCAUAGCAUACCAUAUGCUUAUCACUUAUCACUGGUAGUGUUAGUUUCAUAGACGUCGGUUUUUUACUUUUUAAUCACAUAAACAAUGAUUAUUAUCGCAAUAAAUCGGAAGUGCUCCCCUCGGACAUACCAAUGAAGACAUAAAGGAACGAGAUGGAUGAAUUUGCACCUUCAGAACCCUCUUCUUCAGAAGAGCAACCUACCGGGGAGCGCUGGGAUCCUCUUGGAGCCCCCAACGAAGAUGCCGAAGCCCAAGCUUCCAAUAAUUCAAUUUUGGAAGCAGACUGCUGUAGUUCACAUUGUUUUAUAUUGGAAAAAUUUAAAAGUUUAGAAGAAGAACAAGACUUAUUAAGUUCUUCUCUGUUUGCAUUAACAACACAUUUCGCUCAAGUUCAGUUCAGAUUAAAGCAAAUAGUUGAUGCCUCAAUUGACGAUAAAGAUGAAUUGUUACGAUCACUGGAAGAGUUUGCAUUUCGUGGAAUACCAGACGUGGGUUCGGUUAAAGAACGAAUUAGCGAAGCGAAUUUAGCCGAAAUGAUUCGUUUGAGAAGAACUCAACAGCAAGAAUUGAUCGAAAAGUUGAAAUCGCAAUUACACGAAUUAGAACAGUAUGCUUUCGAAAGUGGGGAAGCCGAUGUUCCGCAAGACGUUGUUUUAGAACGGCAACGUGUCAUUUUGAACGAAUUAAAAAUUAGGAUCAAUUUACAAUUGGAUGAGCAAAAAUUACAUCAACUAACAACAGCCGAUGUUAAACAACAAAUCGAUAUAGCUUUGAGCAAUCUCAUAAAUCCGUUAAAAGUAAAAGAACACUUAGUUUCACAGCUUAAAACUCAAGUUGACGAUUUAGAACGUUUCAUAAAUUAUUUACAAGCCGACACGAAAAAGGACAAAUGCGUUUGCGGAUGCGCUUUGCACACGGUUCAAAAACCAAAUAGUCAUGAAUCCACCCUAGGACUCGUUCAAAGAACUGCUACCUUACUUCAUAUGUUUGCCUUGUUACAACUCGGCUGCGGCCCAAGUAAAUUUAAGCGAAACGACCUUAAAACGACCAACAAAAUUAAUCAUUAUGGCGAUAUUAGAGCACGAUUAGAACUAUCAAUAUUAAAAGUAAAAGAGUUAGCGUCACAUUGCGAUGGAAACGGAAACGCAGAAGAUUAUAUUAGCGAUUCAGACUCCGGACCAUCUAGCUUAAACUCCCAAUUGAUAACUGCCGUGCGGAAGCACUUUGCAACGUGCCUAAGAGAUCUGAUGGAGCAUGGCGCCGUCGAGGCUAAUCACACACACAGCAUCGUUCCAUUUUCUGGGUGCUUUUCCAGAAGGCCUAAAAUGCAAGAUAACCCCGUACACGCCUGGGAAAUCAUCGUAAAUUAUUACGAACUGAAAAACGGAGAACGCUUUAAUUCGACACCGGCAAGGCGACUCUCUCAAAGUUUUAAUUUGGAUAUUGCUGGAGCCUCGGCUAGUUCAACCAAUCAAAACAUGCUUUGCGUGAUUAGUAAUAUUGUUGCAACACAUUCUCAGUAUAAAAGAAGUUAUGAUUCGCAUUUUAAAGCGUUUAUUUGUGCCGCGUUAAAUGCAAAUAAGCUGGUUACUUGGUUAAGUUUAAUUUAUCAAUGUCGUCAAUUGAUUAAUAUGCAUUAUUUGGAAUGGAGUUAUGUCGUUAAAACAGGUUUUCAAGAUGCUUUACAAAGUUUGGAUUCUCUCUCGAAAUUUAAAUUCAAUCUCCCGGUGGAUUUGGCAAUUCGACAGUUCCAAAACAUCAAAGAUGUUUUUACGUAAGAGAAAAGACAUUCCGAUAAGAAUUAUUUAAAAAUUCCUUUCUCAAUUUACGUUGCUGUGAUACCAAAAA